GGAUCGGGAUCGGGAUCGGACUCGGGCGGCGUCCCCGGCUGGGGCAUCGCCCUCCUGGUCCUGGUCUCCAUCAUCCUCUUCCUGCUCCUGCUGUACUGCUUGUACCUGAUCGUCCGCUGGUGCCGACGGCAACACCGGGGCAGCUUGGACCUCAUCAGCACCCGGGACUCUUACCACCCCAUGAAUGAGUACCCCACGUACGAGACCCACGGGAGGUACGCGGCACCCGGCAGCAAGGAGAACCCGUACAAUGCGACACUCCCCAGAAACGGCACCAGCGGCUUCUCUUACACCAAUCCUGUGAUGGCCAACAACAACCUGUAGGGGGCAGCCCUUGGGGGCGGCUGGUCAAGGGGUCAUCCCAAGGGUCAGUGGGGUCAAGACAGCCGGGACUUGACCAGCGACCCUUGCGUCAACCCCCUUGUCCCAGUGGGUCAAAAAGGGAUUCUCACGGAAAGGAAGAUGUGAUAGACUUCUUUGCAAAGCCGGCCACAUCCUCGAAAGCGACACAAUGAACUGGCGGAACUCCCCGCCACUGGAAUCUCACCUGGACCCCAACAAACCCAGACAGCAAUAGGUGCAAAGAGCCUGAGA